AUGCUGGUUAAGGGUACGCGCCGAAACUGUGAGCGAUACAGUGAGCUGCGACGAGCUGAGAAACGAAUCCACCGCCGAAAAGAACGGGAGUACGACGAGAGAGUACUUGCCGAAGCUCAAGCACAGUACAACGCGAACGAUAAGCGGAGGUUUUAUGCAACUGUCAACGGUGUAAGAAAGAAAGCGACGCCUUCCCCUGUUAUGUGCAACGACAGGGAAGGUAACCUGUUGACAGAUAAGACAGCGGUAGCGGCCAGGUGGAAGGAGCACUUCCAACAGCUGUUGAACGGUGAGACGCGAGAGGGAAUCGUCGAGGACAGGAUGAACGUUGAGGAUGAUGGAAUAGCUGUGGACCCGCCUACGUUGGAGAACGUGGAAAAAGCCGUAAAGGAGCUCAAGAACGCGAAAUCCGCGGGAAAGGACGGACUUCCGGCCGAACUUUUCAAGCACGGGAGCGCGCGGAUGAUCGAGAUUCUGCAUCAAAUCGUCCAGCGUAUUUGGUGCGAAGAACAGCUUCCGAACGACUGGUUAGACGGGCUCAUCACCCCAAUCUACAAGAAAGGGCAAAGACUCGAUUGUGCCAACUAUCGAGGCAUCACAAUCCAAAACUCAGCGUACAAAGUACUAUCCCGAAUCCUGUGGAACAAGCUGAGACCCUUGACCGAGACCUUUGUCGGCGAAUACCAGUGCGGUUUUCGAGCGGGUCGGUCAACGACGGACCAGAUGUUAUCUCUGCGACAAAUCCUAGACAAGUUCCGGGAGUACAACCUGCAAACACACCAUUUGUUCAUCGACUUCAAGGCGGCGUACGAUUCAGUCAAAAGAAACGAACUUUGGAAAAUUAUGCUAGAACACGGCUUUCCGGCGAAGCUAAUUAGACUGAUUCGUGCAACGCUCGACGGAGCAAAAUCAAGCGUGCGAAUAGCUAACGAGACAUCUGAAGCUUUCGUUACGUUGGAUGGAUUGAAGCAGGGCGAUGCUCUCUCGAACUUACUGUUCAUCAUAGCGUUGGAGGGUGCUGCUCGAAGGGCAGGCGUGCAAAGAAACGGAACACUCAUCACUAAAUCGCACAUGCUGCUUGGAUACGCUGACGACAUCGACAUCAUUGGUAUUGAUCGUCGUUCAGUGGAGGAGGCGUUCGUCCCUUUCAAGCGGGAAGCUGCGAAGAUCGGACUGACCAUCAACACUGCCAAGACCAAGUAUCUGGUUGCUGGCAGAGCGCGUGGCAGUGCAGCUCUUUACGGUCACGAGUCGUGGACGCUAAAGGAGGCUGACCAGAGAGCACUUGGGGUCUUCGAGCGGAGAAUCCUGCGUUCUAUCUUCGGCGGCAAGCAAGUAGGAGACCGGUGGCGCAGGCGCAUGAACUUCGAGCUGUACCAAGACUACAAACAUGCUGAUAUCGUAAAAGUCAUCAAGCACGACAGGCUAAAGUGGGCUGGACAUGUAGCCAGAAUGUCGGACGAGCGGGCGGCUAAAACGAUAUUCAGCAGCGAACCUGGACGGGGUCGUCGGCUUCGUGGAAGGCCUCGUACGCGUUGGCUGUGUGCAGUCGACGAAGAUGCAAGAGCGGCCAACAUUGUGGGCGACUGGAGACGAGCGGCCCAAGAUCGAGCAUCCUGGAAAUCUUCGAUUAGUUCAGCGUUGGGUCGAUAG